UCCAAAAAAAAAAAAAAAACAAUGUAAUGGGUUUUUUUUUUCCUCACAAAGGUUUUUUGGGUUUCCAGCAAAAAAAUCUCUCCAGCUCUCUGUCAUUGAAUAACCUUUUUUUUUUCUUUCCCUGAUUUUGUUUGCAGCUCUAUAUUCAUUUAAAUGGAGAAGACAGUUCAACCUUCCAAUAAGUGCAAGAGGAACCAUGUGGGUUUGGAGGAUAGGAUAAGUCGGUUCCCAGAUGAAAUACUAGUCUCUAUUCUGUCUUUCUUGACUUUUGAAGAAGCAGUCAGAACGAGUGUUCUUUCGCACCGAUGGAAACAUCUGUGGCCAUUCUUCUCUGGUAGUUUGGACUUUGAUGAUCCGGAUACAAUGUGGGACAUUGCGGACAAAAAGAAACAAUUGAAAGUCGAAAGGAAUAAUUUUGCAAAAAGGGUGAACCGUAUUCUAAAAUUACAUCAAGGCUCAAAUAUAGACCAGUUCAGAGUUUGUUUUGAGUUUAAUAGAUAUUCUAAACAUCGCGUUGAUGGAUGGAUUGACUUUGCAAUGUCAAAGAGAGUUAAGAGGCUUGAAUUGGACUUUACACCAACAUGGGUAUGCAAGAGUCAAAUGCGUUAUACAUUUCCACAUGAAUGGUUUACAAAACUCGAAAGUUCUGUUGGAGUAUCUUGCAUCAAGUCCCUGAUGUCCCUUACUCUAAUGAAUGUACGUGUAACUGGCAAGCUUCUUGAGCACUUGCUAUCCAAUUGUCCCUUGCUUGAAAGAUUACAUGUCUCUGAUUCUGAUGAUCUAGUGACUGUGAAGGUUUGUGGUUCAUCACUGCGGUUGAAGUACUUACACAUAAUACGUUGUUUAGAAUUUAAAAGUAUUGAGAUUUUUGCACCAAAUCUUGAGUCUUUGGGCCUCAUUGGUAGACAAACCGAGAUGCAUGUUAAUCAUGCACCUUGUCUUCUAGAUGUAUGUAUAGGGGGAAGCAAACCUGUGACUUCUGCAAUUUGCCCUCUUUCAAGCUACCUUUCUCAGCUACAGAGUUUGAUACUUCACAUUUGCAUUUAUCCAAAUGAAAAAUUGGAAUUCUUAAAAUUUCAACCAUUAACCAAUCUUAGACACCUCAAAUGGAGAGUUACUGCAUCUGAUGGAGAGAGCCUUGUCUAUUUAAUAUCAAUGGUAGAAGCAGCACCUUUCUUACAGAAAUUUACUUUGGAGUUGUUAUGGAGUAAACCCCUGAUAGAAAGAGAAUUUAGGAAGGUGAUGAAAUAUCCAAAUGAGCACCUCAAGGAGCUGGAAAUAAUGGGGUUUGUGGGGCGUGCAAUAGACAUGGAGCUUACCGUUUACUUACUUGAAAGUGCCAUCAAACUUGAGAAGAUUGUUAUUAAUCCUCGAUCUCCAGCUCUUGUGGGAACCCCUUGGGAGUUUGAGACGACUGAGAAAAAUGAAGGAGCUAUAGAAUGUGCCAACCAACUCAAGAAAAAUCUACCUCAAGGAGCUGAAUUACUUAUACUUUAAUCAUUGUCAUUAAUAUUAGCUUAAGUGGUGUUGUUUGCUAGGUACCAGUUGAUAUAUAUAGAGAGAGACUACAAAUUAAUUGUUAAAAUGUGAUGAUUGUCUUUUUACUGUUUUAAUUGUAACUACUUAAUGAUGGGCAAUAUGAAUUGCAAUAGCUAAUGCUGACAAUCUCCAUUUUAAUGUAGCAUUGCGUUUUUUAUUGUUA